AUGCCCGAGGAGAUGUUCCGGUCUCGUUACCGACUCAGUAAAAACUUGGCACGGUGGCUAUGCGAAGAGAUCCGUCCAGUGCUUGUGCGAGAGCGUGUGAACACUGCCACAGCAUUGACUGCAGAAAUGCAGGUACUGUGCGCGCUUCGCUUCCUUGCCACAGGCGGAUUUCAAGGUGCGAUUGCCAGCGAUGAAAGCUUGGCUACUAGUCAAUCUAGUGUAAGCCGCUCGAUUCACGUAGUCGUCGAGGCGAUCUCAAUUCCGGACAACGCAGUGGCAUUGACUUCUGCAUCCGAAGCGUUCGUGCGCAGGGACUGCAGAUUCCAGGGUUGCGUCGGGGCUGUGGACGUCACAUUUGUGUGCAUACGCGCACCAUCGGACAGGGACGUUGCCAACAAGGCGGCUUACUUCUGCCGGAAGGGCUAUAACGCCUUGAACGUCAUGGUGGUGUCUGCAGCGGCACCGGGCGCUCUACUAUGGCCGGUGUUCACUUCAAAAAUCAUUGCAGCCUGCGCAGUGCUGGACAACUUGUGCAUGCGUGCUGGGCUUCCAGAGCCAGAUGACACCUCUGGCAUCGACAACUUUGCUGGAGACGCAGGAACAUAUGAUGACGAAGAUUUGGCUGCGGCGGGACUCUACAGGGCGGGCAGGCAGAAGCGUGACAGGAUGCUGCAGAUGUUCUGA